CAAAGCCGGCUUGAUGGCGUUGUUCACGUGCCUUGCGACGCUGCUCGCCUGCGUUUCUGCGCGCCUCGCUAUCGAAGGGCGCGUCGAGCGGCAGCCUAUUUUUCGGCGGCUGCGCGGCGGCUCUGAAGCCGACGCUCAGGGGCUGCGCGGCGGCGCUGAAGCCGACGCUCCUCCGCCGCCUCGAGUCAUGUUUGUGUGCCGCGCCAACAGCUGCCGGUCGCAGAUGGCGCACGGGCUCUUCAACAAGCUGACGGAUGGCUCAUCGGGCGCGUCUUGCGGUUUCCGCGCAUCUGAGCUCAACCCGCAUGCUGUCGCAGUGAUGGCCGAGAUUGGCAUUGACAUCUCUGAGCACACGAGCAACGCGAUCGCGGAGUACGACCCAUCGGCGUUCGACGCGAUCAUCUGCGUCUGCGGCUGCGCGGCCGAGGUGCCGGGCGAGUGGAAGGUCGGCCACUUCGAGGACUGGUCGCUGGACGACCCGCCAGAACUCGAUCCCGGAGACCGCUCCGUCUACCGGCGCGUGCGGGACGAGCUCAAGGAGCGGAUCGAGGCGCUGGCGAAGCGGCUGCACGUCGCCGGCUGCGGCCUCGGCCUCGGCCCGCUGCGUGGCGGGCAGGCGGCGGCGGCGGGGGGUGUUCGGGACGAGGUGAAGGAGUACUACGGCAAGGUGCUUCAGAAGAGCGCCGAUCUGCAGACGAACGCCUGCUGCACGGCGGUGGAGCUGCCGCAGGAGGUCAAGGCGGCGAUCGGCAAGGUGCACCCCGAGGUGGUGUCCAAGUACUUUGGCUGUGGCUUGUGCGUGCCCGAGGCCCUCUCCGGCCUCUCGGUGCUCGACCUCGGCUGCGGCUCCGGGCGGGACUGCUACGUCCUUGCGCAGCUCGUCGGAGAGAGCGGCAGCGUCGUCGGCGUGGACAUGACCGACGAGCAGCUCUCCACCGCACGGCAGCACGUGGCUUGGCACGCCGACGCGUUCGGGUACGCGCGGCCAAACACCGACUUCAAGCAAGGCUACAUCGAGGACCUGAAGGGCAUCGGGCUGGGCGACGAGACCUUCGACGUCGUGGUCUCCAACUGCGUGGUCAACCUCUCUCCCGACAAGGCGGCGGUGCUGCGCGAGGCCUUCCGCGUCCUCAAGGCGGGGGGGGAGAUGUACUUUUCCGACGUGUACGCCGACCGCCGAGUGCCUCCGCACUUGCGCGACGACCCGCUCCUCUACGGCGAGUGCUUGGGCGGCGCCCUCUACUGGAACGACUUCCUCGCCCUGGCAAAGGCGGCGGGCUUUGCCGACCCGCGCCUCGUCGAGGACGCGCCGAUCACCGUCGCCAACCCUGCGCUCGAGGAGAAGCUGCGCGGCAUCCGCUUCUACUCGGCGACCUACCGGCUCUUCAAGCUGCCCGGCCGCCUCGAGGCCGACUGCGAGGACUACGGGCAGGCCGUCGUGUACAAGGGGACGCUGCCGGGCCGCGCCGCCGCCUUCGACCUCGACUCGCACCACCACAUCGAGGCGGGCAAGGUCUUCCCCGUCUGCGGAAACACGUACCACAUGCUCGCCUCGACGCGCUUCCGGCAGCACUUCGAGUACGUCGGCGCGCACCCGCACGAGGCGGGCAAGUCCGCGCACUUUGGCAUCUUCGACGGCUGCGGCAAGAGCCUGCCCUUCGCCUCCGCAUCGGCCGCCGGCGCGGGCGGGCAGUGCUGCUGACGCACGCGACGCAGGGCGUGACCGGCUAGACCCUCUCUCUGGGCCGCGUGGGCGGCGUGGCUAGCAUUUGUGCACACAGCGCCGCAAAAAGAAGAACACGCAGUACGUAAAUAUGUCCCAGUGAGGGAGCACAGAGUAGUACGUCGAUGUCUCGAUUCAAAGGCCGAAAGGGCACCUCCUCGGGAUAUAU